GCAAGCAACCCUCCUUGCGAUUGGUGAACACUUCAUGUCAGACUCCCAGAGACAAGGUCUGGCGCUCGGUCAAGGAGGGAAAUAUGGUCUCCGCUGCAGCAUAUUCCGACCCGCGCACUCGCGGGCGCGUCAAGAUCGAGAGCAGCAGCGAUGGCAUCGGCUUCGGGGGGACCUCCGGGGUGUCGCGAAUCCCAACGGAUCUGCUGCUGGGCCAGGUGUUCACCAAGACGCUCCUGGCCUCUUCGGCGCUGCUCGCGAGGCACUGGCUGCUCAUGGGGCAUAGUGAGGCGCUGCAUCAUGCUACGACGGCGCCUGCUGCCUCUGUCGCGAGCAAGGCGAGCGGCGGGUUGACGAGCCUGACAGGCUCCAUGGUGCGCGACGGCAGCAUCAGCGUGUGGGCCGUCGCGACGAUCGUCUUCUCCAUAGCUUCGCUCAUUCAAGGCAUAUGGCUGCGGACCUGGACAUGGUUGCCUGUCAUACAGCGGGCAGAUGCAAAAGUGGAGAAAUUGCUUCCUAAAUUCAGCAUGCUCGCGCUGACCAUGUUCGUACACAUGCUGGUAUGGCUCAUGGCGCUGAAGCGGCUGCCGGCUGCUACUGUUAUUAUCUUUACACAAUUCUGCGAGAUUUGGGCAAGUGACCUUGUCAAGUCAAUGCGAGGGAGGAGUUAUGGCGGCUACACGGUCCUAGUCGCACUUGGGCUUUCCUACAUCUUCACCGUGGCGAAAGGUACCAGUGCGCCAACCAGCUUCGACCACAUCUCGCUCUUUGCAGAUGACGACGAUGAGGACAUUCCGGUUUCCUUGCAACGCAUACGAUCCGCCGGACUCGUUCUGCCAUCUGCACUGGGUGGAGCUUCCGCUUUGGCAGAGAAGAAUGCGGCGCUCUUCUCUCCCAGCUCGGCGUUCCUCGGACAUGUCCUGCUGCUCAUGUAUGCUCUUUUGACGCUAGAAAAGGAGCGCGGGACCAAUGCCGCCGGUUCUGUCGUCGGCGGCAGGAGACGUGCGCAGGUUAUUGCAGGAACCUUGACCGCCAUCGUCACCUUGCCGUUAGGCUUGCUAGGCUCGAUCUUUGGACUUUCGACGCUCCCUCCCCUGCAAUCGCUCGCUCCGUAUCUGUUCGCAUCAUCGCAGAGCGGCGUACGAUCUGCCCACUUGGCUGCCUACGUGCUGCUUGCAUUGGCAGCACUAGUGCUCGAGCCUCUUAUCACUGGCGCGUUAGAGCCACACGGAAGCGCAUACACCCGCGUUUUCCAUGGCUGGAUGUUGUGUGCAAUCGGCACAAUCGUCAUCGGAUAUAUCGGCUUCGCCGUGCGCUCUUCGUUCGCCGAGGUGUUCGUCGGGGCUCUCGUCUGUUGGAGUCUGGCCAUGAUCCUCUCUUCCUCGCCCUACUUCCAGGCAAAUGCUUACAGACAGGCCGGCGCUUCGGACGCCUCCCUUGCUGGGCAUCAGCGCUCACCUUCCGACGCAUCAGCGCUCGCUGGCCUUGCCCGGAGCGUUCAAGAUUUCUUCUCGGCCUCGCAAAAGCACAUCCGCAGCAUCCUCGCCAACCCAGAUUCUCGCAGCAUCUUCCAAUUCUUAUGCCUCAACUUGGCCUUCAUGGGCGUGCAGCUCGCAUGGGGCGUCUGGACCAAUUCGCUUGGUCUGAUCUCCGAUGCCAUUCACAUGUUCUUCGAUUGCGCUGCCAUCGGCAUGGGCCUCUUCGCGAGCGUCAUGGCGACGUGGAAGACGGAUAGCAGCUUCACCUUUGGUUACUCUCGCGUCGAGACUCUGUCCGGUUUUGCCAACGGCGUCUUCCUCAUUCUCAUCUCCAUCUUUAUCGUCUUUGAGGCUAUUCAGCGCAUCAUCGAGCCACCGGAGAUGCACAACACCAUGCAGCUGCUCAUCGUCAGCGGAAUGGGUCUGGGGGUGAACUUGUUCGGCAUGUUUGCCAUGGGUGGCCAUCAUCAUCACCACCAUGGUCACUCGCACGGUCACGGGCACGAUCACCACCAUCACGGCCACGGCCACGAUCACGGUCAUGGUCAUGGCCAUUCUCACAACAUGAUGGGUGUGUAUCUGCACGUGAUGGCAGAUACGCUCGGCUCCGUCGGCGUCAUCGUCAGCACACUCUUGAUCAAGCAGUUCGGCUGGACCGGCUUUGAUCCCAUCGCAUCGCUCUUUAUUGCUUUCUUGAUCGUUGCCUCUGUCAUUCCUCUCGUGCUCGAUGCUGGACAUAUUCUGUGCCUUGAUAUGGGCGACGAAAAGGGGCAGCAAGUUGCAACCGCCCUAGGGAAUCUCGCUUCUAUCAAAGGCGUGGCGUCAUAUUCUUCGCCGCGGUUCUGGCCAAAAGAUGCCGAAUCGAUCGUCGGCACCAUUCAUAUUCAAGUUGUGGACAGCGAAGUUCUGAGUGGAAAGGGCGGAAUCACAGCAGAGCAGAUUGCAGCCGAAGUCGAACAAGUGCUCAAAGGUCGGAUAGAAGGUCUAGAGAGCAUCAGCGUCCAAGUGGACCGACAGCCCCAAGCUCAAUCAUCCCAGAUCAACGAGCAAACGACGAUGCCCCAGUCGCAACUGCACCCUCAUCCUCAUCAACGCCAUUCGCACAGUCAUAACAACGGCUCUGUUGCUCUCACUCCUGAGGCUGUACACUCCAGUGUAUUUUAAAAGACUCUUGUCUGCAUUUCCAUCAUUU